AUGGCCAAAGUUCAUAUGAGAAGAAGUUUAACUACUGCGGAAGCUGUCGAAGAAGCCCAGCUGAGGCGAGUUGCAGACAGAGCGGCAACGAUGUCCCCUCGGAUCCCUUCCGUCCAACUGGUCCAAAAGAGUCUAGAUAGAAUGGGACUAUACGAGCGCGAGGAUUCGAUGAUGGAACAAGAUGAAGCUUCCGUUGAUGAUAGUGUAGAAAGAGUUGUGAUCGACUUGGAGAGGCCGGCUUCUAAAAAUGCAGAGCAGGACGAGAAUUAUAACGAAAGAUCUGAUGGUUCUACAUACACUGAAAAGGAUUCUGAAAAGUCAUCGCCAUCUGAUGAUGAGGCAAACUGCACGGAGCAGACUUGGGAAACCGGAACUGCAGAAACGUCAGUGGAUGACUCCCAGCUGUCUGAAUGGGUCCACAAACCACUUAAGGACCUUAUAUUUAAAACGAACAAAAGAUUCUAUGACAUCGAUUCAAACAAGGUCAGGUACAAAGUUGGUUUAUCUCGGAGGGCAGCGAUGAUUCCAAGUCUUCACCGAAAAAAAGAGUAA